UUAUGCCUUGGCCAAUUUCCGAUCAACUUCCAGGGUUUUCCUCUUCUCUUUUAUUUUUGUUCACAUUAUAUUUGAAUUUUUUGUGUAGCCUUUCUGUAAAUUUUAAUUUUAUUAUUGACAUUGUUUUCCUUCUUAUACUUUUUUAUAUCUUACCGAUUCUUCCCAUUUAGCCAGCCGUCUAGAGGAACGCGAAGCGGAUCAAAAAAUGGAGUAUGACAAACUACAUGAACGUUAUAAUGAACUUUUACGUACUCACAUUGACCACGUUGAGCGUACAAAGUUUUUAAUGGGAACAGAAAUGUUUGAUAUGGCUAAUUCUUUACCUGUUGCUUCCAAAAAUAACAAGUUCGUUUUUUUUAAUUUCGGUUAUUAG